CGCCAUCUUUUUGCACUAAGGUUCGGCGGUCGAGGAGGAGAUACGAAAUAUCCUUUCGCAACAGAGUAAUAAUUCUUGCAGAGAAAUGUGGACCAAACUUUACUCUUUUUGUUAAUACCUCAAACUUGAAAAAUUACAUUAGUAAAAUUGUAUGUUCUUUCAGUAAUUAUUAGUAUUUUCAUAGUUGUUUAAAUUAUACAGUGCCGCUGUAAGACCGCCGAAUUCUUACUUUUAUUUACAGAAGCUGCAAACAACAACAUCUGACACACGUGCUUUCUGUUUUAUUUACUUGAAGAAAUCUGUAAUACAGGUUUAAGUUAUUUCUCUGCCAGGCUUGAUUUUUUUUUUUUAAACAUUUUAAUUUUUUAAAAAUUUACUUGAAAAUGAGAGGCGGAUCGUAUGGAGAUCGCGACCGGGACCGCGGAAGGGACAGAGGCCCUCGCUUUGGGUCAAACCGUGGUGGAGCUGGUCCUCCUCCCAAUAAGAAGUUUGGGAAUCCUGGUGAGAGACUGCGCAAAAAGAAAUGGGAUUUAGAGGAACUUCCUAAAUUUGAGAAGAACUUUUAUGCUGAACACCCUGAAGUAGCACGAAUGACACCAUUUGAAGUUGAUGAAUAUCGCAGGAAAAAAGAGAUCACUGUCCGUGGAUCUGGAUGUCCCAAACCAAUUGUCAGUUUUCACCAAGCACAGUUUCCACAAUACGUAAUGGAUGUGCUUCUAGAACAGAACUUUACCGAGCCUACUUCCAUUCAAGCGCAGGGCUUCCCUUUGGCCCUAAGUGGUAGAGACAUGGUGGGCAUUGCACAAACGGGCUCUGGGAAGACACUGGCGUACCUGUUGCCAGCUAUUGUCCAUAUUAAUCAUCAGCCUUACCUGGAACGAGGAGAUGGCCCUAUUUGUCUUGUGUUAGCUCCAACAAGAGAACUGGCUCAACAAGUGCAGCAGGUGGCUUAUGACUAUGGAAAAACAUCACGUAUCAAGAGUACUUGUAUAUACGGGGGUGCACCAAAGGGUCCUCAAAUAAGGGAUCUUGAACGAGGUGUAGAAAUAUGUAUUGCCACUCCUGGUCGUCUUAUAGAUUUCCUUGAGGCCGGAAAGACUAAUCUGAGACGCUGCACAUAUUUGGUCCUGGAUGAAGCUGACAGGAUGUUAGAUAUGGGCUUUGAACCUCAAAUUCGCAAAAUAGUUGACCAAAUCAGGCCGGACCGUCAGACUCUUAUGUGGAGUGCAACCUGGCCGAAAGAAGUUCGACAGCUUGCUGAAGACUUUUUAAGAGAGUAUGUCCAGAUAAAUGUUGGUGCACUAGAGCUGAGUGCUAACCACAACAUUCUGCAGAUUGUUGACGUUUGUCAAGAGAGUGAAAAAGACAACAAACUUAUACAGUUGAUGGAGGAGAUAAUGGCGGAGAAAGAAAAUAAAACAAUUAUCUUUGUGGAAACCAAAAAGAGAUGUGAUGACCUUACACGAAGAAUGCGAAGAGAUGGGUGGCCUGCAAUGUGUAUACAUGGAGAUAAAAGCCAGCCUGAACGUGACUGGGUCUUAAAUGAGUUUCGUAGUGGAAAAGCUCCAAUCCUUAUUGCAACAGAUGUGGCUUCACGUGGAUUAGAUGUGGAAGAUGUAAAGUUUGUGAUAAACUACGAUUACCCUAACUCCUCAGAAGACUAUGUACAUCGUAUUGGCCGAACAGCCCGUAGCACAAACAAGGGCACGGCCUAUACCUUCUUCACUCCUGGCAACUUGAGACAGGCUAGAGAGCUUAUCCGGGUUUUGGAAGAAGCCAAUCAGGCUAUCAAUCCCAAACUGUUGCAGCUAGUGGACACUGGCAGAGGAGGUGGAGGUGGUCGUUCACGAUAUCGUAAUGUUUCAAAUUCAAACAAUCCAAACUUGAUGUACCAGGAAGAAUGUGAUCGUCGUAUGAGAGGAGGAAUGAACAAAGAUGGUCGGGGCAACAUGGGAGGCGGUAACUUCAGAGACCACAGGGGAGGGGGCAGUGCCAACAGGGACCACAAUGGAGCUGAUCGCUCAUAUGGCAGAGACAGAGGCAGAGAUCACAGAGGGAACUAUGCCACAGGAGCAAAUGCCACAAACUAUGGGGGAUCAGGAGGAGGCCAUAACAAUCAAGGAUAUGAAAAUCAAUACCAAGGUUAUGGUCCUGGUGGCGGUGCUGGAAACCAAGGUGGUUAUGGUAGAGGUGGGCAGCAGGGUGUUUCUGGUGGCCUUGGUGGCGGCAACAUUGGAGGUGGUGGUGGCAAUCCAGAUCAGACACCACAACAACAGCAGCCUCCACAGUCUCAGUAUGGUAAUAUGGGUGGUAGACCAGGUCAGGGAGGUCCAUCUGGUCCGCCUCAGCCUCUCAUGGCCCAACAGUUCGCUCCACCUCAGCCGCCUCCAAUGAUGGGAUAUAUGGGACAGGCUUCUUUUCAAUACGCACCCCCACCUCCUCCUCCCCCACCUCCACCAAGAAAAUAAACCAGAUGACUAAGUUGCAGUUCUGGUUGAGUGUGUUUAGGGAAAAUGUGCGGGUUUGUGUUAAUACUUAACUCGGCCAAAUGGUCAGGUUUAAAGUUAGUUAUUCAAAGUCAUAACUUUCUUGACUCCCUGAAAAGUCUGUUAAACAGCCUUUGUUAUGAGUCACUUCAAAUAGUGUGCACAUAAGAAAGAUGCCCUUAUAAUUUAGAAGUAUGUGACCUUUAAAAUCUGUAAGUGGAUGUCGACACCCAACAGAGACAGCAUCUCACCAGACAAGAAUAGUUUUAAUAAAACU